CCCUGCAACAACAACACCCAUACAGAUUCUCAGCUUCUCCUCUUAGCGUCGGAGAUCUUUUGAUAUGUCCGGGGUAAAAGUUACUGCAUCGUUGGUUCAAAACGGGUUGAGCCAUGAUGAGCCAUGUUGAUUCAUGACUUAUGUCCAGAAUUCUCGGCUUGGCAUCUCUCCUGCCCUCUCUAUAUGGUGUUGUCUUCCGCCGUCUCAAGAUGGAUUCUCUCAUCAUCAAACACGUCCGCAUCGAACUUGCCCCUGGGAGGAAUGGCUGAGAAACGACUUCCGAAAGACGCACCCUGGCCCAAGACCAACAGCGCGUCUGCUGUCGAGAUCAAUGCCUCCCCGGAGGACGAUACCACUCAGGCUCCCGACUUUGAGCUGACCGGCCUACCGUUGGCUCUGGUCAUUCUUGGCCUUGGUCUCGCCAUCUUCCUCAUGUCGUUGGACUCGUCGAUCAUUGCAACUGCCAUCUCCCGCAUCACAUCCCAGUUCAACAGCACCGGGGACAUAGGCUGGUAUGGAAGUGCAUACUCCUUCGCCAUGUGCGCUCUGCAGCCCAUUGCCGGCAAGCUGUUUGCAAGCUUUCCCAUGAAGGGGAUGUUCCUUGGGUGUUUGGCCGUGUUUGAGCUUGGUUCACUGCUUCCAAUGCUCAUUGUCGGGCGCGCGAUCGCCGGAGCUGGGGCAGCCGGAUGCUUCACGGGAGCCUUUUGCAUCGUCGCGGCAGCUCUCCCGCUUGCCAAGCGCCCCUUCUACCACGCGACAUGGCGGUGGUGUUUCUGGAUCAACCUACCCAUUGGCGCCAUCACCAUCGUGGCCCUGGUCUUCUCCUUCAAGCCGCCCCCGCGUGACUCCUCUACAACUUCUCCUAUCCUGCAUCGACUGAAGAGCUUAGAUCUGAUCGGUGCUUUGCUCUUCGCUCCGUCCAUAAUCAUGAUACUCCUGGCCCUCCAGUGGGGCGGAACCUCCUACGCGUGGAAGAGCGCCACCAUCAUCGGACUCUUCAUCGGCGGCGCAGGGCUCGGCCUAGUCUUUGCCUGCUGGCAGGUCUACAAGGGCGACGGGGCCAUGACCCCCCCGCGCCUGAUGACAGAACGCACCAUGCUUUUCUGCUGCCUCGGGGAAUUCUGCGCCAUGGGCGCCGUCUACAUCUCGAUCUACUAUCUUCCCGAAUGGUUCCAAGUCAUCAAGGGCGCCUCCCCGACCAAGUCGGGCCUGAUGUAUCUGCCCCUGGCCCUGUCGGACGUGCUCUCCGCCACGCUCACGGGCGCCUCCCUCAAGUACCUGGGGUACCCGAACCCCUACCUGCUGCUCGGCACGGCGCUGAUGAACAUCGCCACGGGCCUUUUCUCGACCUUUAUCCUCACCACCUCGCACGAGCACUGGAUCCCCUUCCAGGUCCUCCAGGGCCUCGGCGCCGGCAUGACCCUGUCCAUGCCCUACGUCGCCACGCAGACCGUCCUCUACCCCGCCGACGUACCCGUCGGCACCUCCCUGCUCCAGUGCUUCCAGUUCUUCGGUGCCGCCGUCAACCUCGCCAUCGCCGAGGCCCUCUUCGACAACAAGCUAGUCACGGGUCUGGGGGAUCUCGGGCUGCCCGCCGCGGAAGUCGAGCGCAUUGUCAGCGCCGGAUUUGCGGAAGUGCGCAGCGUGGUUCCCUACAGUUAUUUGUCCGGCGUGCUGCAUGCCUACAACCACGCGCUCACCACCACCUUCUACGUCGCUGCGAGCUUUGCCGCUCUGGCCUUUCUGCUCUCGCUGGGAGUCCGGUGGAGGAGUGUCAAGCCGCCGACGAAUGCGGAUGCGGAUGUGGAGGCUAGGUGA